AUGGAAGGUGGUACAUAUCCAGGGUUUGGCAAUGGAACUGAAGUGGAUGGCAAAGUUCUGCAGACAUUCCAAAAGAGUUUUGUGCAAGUUCAAGACAUACUAGACCAAAACAGGCUGCUAAUCAACCAGAUUAACCAAAACCAUGAGUCAAAGAUCCCAGAUAACCUAGGCCGGAAUGUCGGGUUAAUUAAAGAGUUGAACAAUAAUAUUAGAAGAGUAGCCAAUCUCUACGCCGAUCUGUCCAGCUCGUUCAGCAGAUCGAUGGAGGUUUCAUCCGAAGACGAUUCGGCCCGGACAUAUGAACCUGAUGGAAAAGCUAGUCAGAAGAGAAUUAGAUCUGGGUAA